UAACAAUCAUUUCUUCUUGUUUCGCUAGUUUGAUGGUCUGAAGUUUAUGUUCUACCGACAUUCGUUUCUCACCAUUGAACUCUAUCCAAUCCACACUUCACCAAAAUUAUACCGCCACCAACAAAAUGCACACCCUCAAAUCCCUCCUCCUAACAGCCCUCACCCUAUCAUCCACCCUCACCGCUGCCACCACCACCCCAACCUACAGCAUAACCGAACCCACCUCCGGCGCUAUAGUCUCCCUGAACACCGCAACCGUCAUAUCCUGGAACACCACCGCGCCCAGCACCUCAAAGUUAUCCAUCCACCUCUCCAAAACCACCAACGAAACAACAAACCUCUACACCAUCGCCACCAACAUCUCCAACUCGGGCUCAAUCUCCUGGUCGCCGCCAUCGCGCGUGGGCACCGGCUCCGACUACAUCGUCGUCCUAGAACCAUCUUCCUCCUCUGAGACAUACACCUCGUCCCCCUUCACCAUCUCAUCCUCCACCAAUGCCUCGACAACAUAUUACCCGACUGAAGGGGAGGUGGUAAAAACAGGCCAGACUACUAUUAUCACCUGGGAAGUGGAGAGGAAUGUCUCAGAAGUGAGUAUCUAUCUUAUGGAGGGGGAGUUGAAGAAUGGCAACGGAACUGCGAAUGGAAGUGGGCUGAAGAAUGUAACGACUAUCACGACGGAUAUUGCCAAUUCGGGGGACGUGGCGUGUGUGUUGCCGGGGAGUGUGAAGAGUGGGGAUGAUUAUCGGUUUGCGAUUGUGGAUGUUAAGGAUGAGGGGAGGGUGAAGUAUUCGGCGGUAUUUGAGGUUGUUAAUUCGGGUGAUGAUUCUUCCUCGGGUUCUUCUUCGAGUGGUAGUGGAACUUCGGACUCAUCUGGGAGUUCGUCGUCGAGUGGGGAUGGGCUUGAAUCUGCUGCUGGUAAUGGGAAGGAGACUUCGGGUGCUGCGAAGGUUUGGGGUUGGGGUUGGAGGAAGAUGGGGUGGGGGGUUGUUGGGCUGGUGGUUGGGUCUUUGCUGGUUUAG